CUGCCAGGGAACUUCGAAGUUCCCCGGAUUUGAAAAGAAAUCCUUCAAUUGCUUGACUUCUCUUCCACAUUCAACUAGUUCUGUAUGCAAUUCCAAAGCAGUCAGCAGGAAUUUAUCGUGCAGUAGUUUAGUGGCUAUGUCGUGCCAUUUCGGGGAUUUUUUGGGUUCACAACUAAGUUGGAGUGUUCUGCGUAACUUUCAUGUUAAAACAAAUUAUGAAAGUGUUCAAUGAGGAGUUUGUUUACAAUGAAACCAAUUUAGAAACGCAUUUCUUGAGCAAUUACACCGUUACAACACUUCAACAACAAACACAUAUUACGUUGACUUGCACCACUUGCACUGACUGAUUUUCAUAACCUUAAAAACAGUUGUCAAAAUAUACAAAACGUCAAAACAAAACCAGAUGACCUUCAGACAGAUCAACUUGUCAUAUGACAAUGAUUGUUUUUUGUUUUCUACUUUUCUGCACUCAAUUUCCGCAUUUUUUAUAGCCAAUUAAAAAACAGAGAGGAAAGCCCUUUUUCGCGCUGUGACUGCCUUGUAGUGAUCUUAUCGAUUUUAAUUAACAGUUAUUAUGAUGGAAGUUCAAAUUAUAAUAUACUUUUGCGUAUUUAUUUUGUUCAUCUGUUUAAUUUUCGAGGUCUUUUAUUUCGAAUAAAAAAGUGUUGGGCAAAAUAUAUUUUCCCUAAAAUUUUAUUUAUGCUUAUGGUAUGGUACACAGCUUAUUGUUAUUGAUGGUUAUGGAUUGUUUAGGCGCCUGUCAAAUGUCAUCAAAAUUUUGAAAGCUGUCAAAUAUUAAGGUUACGUAUAAACAAAUUUAGACAUAAAAAAAAACAUUUAAUUGAAUUGAUUAAUUAAAUCGGCACAGAGGUCUGACUGUUGUACAUUUCAUAGCAAUGACUUGUAGGAUAUGUUUAAUGAAAGUGGAGCCAUCAAAAAGCAUCAACAUUUUUACGGAGGGUCGAAAAAAAGAGCUCAUUUCCGACUUAAUAAUGAAUUUUGCCUAUGUUGAGGUAUUUGAAGAUGAUGAUCUCCCCAAAACAAUAUGCUUGAUUUGCCUAAAACACUUAAGAAACAUUUAUGAUUUCAAAGAUUUGAUUAUAAAAUCAGACACACAUUUGAGAGCCACACAAGAUAUAUCGUCUGGCAGUGAAUAUAGUGAAGAGUCGUCAAUGGAGGAUAGUUUGAAAUAUCAACCAAUUGUGCAAAUUAACUUUGAAGAUGCCCCUGUUACUUUUGAGUCAGAUGGCGAAAAAAACAAAGAAGAAAAUGUUGGCUGUUUGGAUAAUUUAGAAGAGAAUUUCUUACUCAAAAAUGAAGAGUCAAAGAGGAGGAAAGAAUAUAAGUGUGACCAAUGUGAUCACUCAUAUAAAAAUAGGUAUAGUUUAAUUUUACAUAAGACAACACAUACAGGAAAAUUUCCCCACAACUGUGACAUUUGCAAUAAGGGUUUUCCCACAAAUUGGGCGAUGAAUGUUCACAGAAGGAUACACUUUGAAGACAGACCGUUCAAAUGUGAAAAUUGUGAUAAAUCAUUUAAGAGUAAGAGCGCUCAAAUAAUCCAUCGCAAAAUACAUUUAGGAAUAAAACGUUACCAUUGUAAAAUCUGUGGGAAAGGAUUUAUCCAAAUUGGAGGUCUGAGAGCCCAUCAAUACACCCACACAAAUGAGAAACCCCUAGUUUGUGAAUUUUGUGGUAAAGAUUACACAUCAAAACGGGCCUUAGACAAGCAUUUUAGAAAUCACAAGGGUGAGCCAAGCCAACCCUGCCCCGUUUGUGGGAAAUUAUAUGCCGGUGAAGAAAACGUAAAAAUACAUUUGAAGACUGUUCAUGCUCAAGAAAGAAUUCGUUUCCCUUGUGAAGUUUGUGAUAAAAAUUUUUCAACAAAAGCAGUUCUUAAAAUCCACAUGAGGAUCCAUGAAGGGGUAAAGCCUUAUUCUUGUAACAUUUGUGGUAAAAGCUUUAGGCAAGCAAGUGUAGCUACACUGCACAAGAGGGUACAUACUGGAGAAACGCCAUUUCCUUGCUCCUUAUGUGCGAAAAAAUUCGCCUAUAAGCACCAUCUCAAGAAGCACAUGGAGAGAGAUCACUCAGAAAAGAAAUUUUCCACUAAUUAAAUGUGUUCUUAAUUGUGUUAAUAAAUUUUUGACUCGAC